GUUUAGCUGCUUCUUUGGCUCCCAAUAUCUCUGCUUUUGAGGGGAGAAUAGAAUUCUAGUCACUGAGGAAGGAGGGAAUAGCAGCCAUGGAAGUUCCGUUAAGACCAUAUUGCCCCUCAUGCUUUUCACUCUCACACUCUUCUUCUUCCACCUUCCCUUACCGUCUUGCUCUGUCUUCAUGGUCCUUUUCAGCUCCUUCAGACUCUCCUCACAGAAGAAGAAUCCAUUCAGUCCAGGCUACCAACAGUGGACACCCGGAUAGCAUUGUUCGCAGUAAUUAUCUGCGGUUUAGAGAAGGUUCAUGGUGUCUGCAGAGGAUGUCCGUGAGAUUAAAUAAAUACAAUGACAUGAGGUUCAGACGAAAUGCCUCACAUAAGGUUCCGGUUUGCAUUUCGCUAGUGAAAUUUUCAAAUGCAUCAACUGGCAUUCUGGAGGAAAUGACAAAGGAGGGAGAGCUGAAUUCUUUGCAUCCCAAUGAUACACAAGUUAGUAUGGUGGAUUCAGUUCCCUGCAAUCUUGGAUUAUCCGUGAUGACUGGUGAAAGAAAAUUGUCGGGGGGUGAUUAUAGAGGCUGGGCUAAUGCAAGAUAUAAGUUGACUGAAAGUAAAAAGGAAACAAACAGUAUGAAGAAGUAUGAGAGGAAACUUGGUAGUUCUUACCCAUCUAAUAGAUUACCUCCCAAUGGUCAGGGACAAGUGGUUUCUAGGAAUGUGGAUAGCAGUCUUGUACUACAAGAACAUAAUGACCAUGUCUUAACAUCAGUUAAGCAUUCCGGAUUAAAAAAUUCAAACGUGUGUACAGAUUCUGAAACGGUUGUCCGUCAGUUAAAUGGAUAUACACAGGAGAUCAGAAAAGAAAAAAUUAGCAAAGUUAAUGGUGAAAACGUUUUGGAUACAAAUGUAAAGGAUUCAACUAAGGCAACACGCCCUAGCCAGGCACGUGGUUCUGACCAAUCAAAACUUCGGGACAAGCUCUGUAGUAUCUAUGAAGAUGUUCUGAUUGUUGACAGUAUUCCUCUUGCAGAGGAAGUGGCUAAGAUGCUCACAGUAAAGUAUCGGCAUCUUAUUCAUGCUUGUGAUACUGAGGUAGCCAAGAUAGAUGUCAAAGAUGAAACUCCUGUGGAUCAUGGGGAGAUAAUAUGCUUCAGUAUUUAUUCUGGUCCAGAAGCUGAUUUUGGUGGUGGAAAGUCUUGUAUCUGGGUAGAUGUUCUUGAUGGUGGGGGCCAAGAAAUUUUAGAUAAAUUUGCUGAAUUUUUUAGUGAUUCAUCCAUUAAGAAGGUCUGGCAUAAUUAUAGCUUUGAUUGUCAUAUUAUAGAGAACUAUGGAUUUAAAGUGUCUGGUUUUCAUGCCGAUACGAUGCACAUGGCGCGCCUAUGGGAUUCAUCAAGACGCUUGGAUGGGGGCUAUUCUCUUGAAGGACUUACAGGUGACAAAAGGGUCAUGUGUGCAGCUCAGCUGAAUCAUGACAAGGAUCUACUUGGUAAGGUUUCAAUGAAAACUAUAUUUGGCAAGAAAAAGGUGAAAAAAGACGGAUCCGAGGGUAAAACAAUUACUAUUGCUCCUGUUGAAGAGCUACAAAGAGAUGAGCGUAUACCUUGGAUAUGUUAUUCUGCCUUAGAUGCUAGAAGUACUCUGAACCUUUAUGAGAGCUUGAAGAGCCACUUGUCAGCCAUGCCUUGGAAACUUGAUGGUGUACUAGUUUCUGGAAGAACGAUGUAUGAUUUCUAUAAUGAAUUUUGGAGGCCAUUUGGUGAGCUUCUAGUCACAAUGGAAUCUGAGGGAAUGCUAGUUGAUCGAGCAUAUCUUGCUGACAUAGAAAAAGUGGCCAUAGCAGAGCAAGAUAUAGCUGCUAAUAGAUUCAGGAAAUGGGCAUGUAAGUAUUGUCCUGAUGCCAAGUACAUGAAUGUGGGAAGCGACCUACAGUUGCGCCAGCUGCUUUUUGGUGGCAUUGCAAACAGAAAAGACCCCAAUGAGGUACUUCCAACUGAGCGGAUAUUCAAAAUUCCCAAUGUUGAUAAAGUGAUUGAAGAGGGCAAGAAGGCUCCCACAAAAUUUCGUGAUAUAAAGCUGACAAGCCUCGGGUAUAAGCUGGAGACUGACAUGUACACAGCAAGUGGUUGGCCCUCAGUUAGCGGAGAUGCCUUAAGGGCCCUGGCUGGAAAGAUUUCUGCUGAAUAUGACUUUGUUGACGAGAAUUGUGACUUGGAUCUCAGUGAACAUGAAAUUCCUGAAAUUCCUUCUCAAAGUCAAACUGCAUCUGCACAAAUAGAUAAAUCUGCAUAUGGAACAGCCUUUGCAGCUUUUCCAACAGAAGAAGAAGGGAGAGAAGCUUGCCAUGCAAUUGCUGCUUUAUGUGAAGUCUGUUCAAUCAAUUCUUUGAUUUCCAAUUUCAUCCUUCCCCUGCAGGGACAUAAUAUAUCGGGAAAGGAUAACCGUAUUCAUUGCUCCUUAAAUAUCAACACAGAGACGGGACGUUUAUCAGCAAGAAGGCCAAACCUGCAGAAUCAACCUGCUUUGGAAAAAGACCGGUACAAAAUCCGUAAAGCAUUCGUAGCUACUCCUGGAAAUUCUCUUAUAGUUGCUGAUUACGGACAGCUGGAACUUAGGAUACUGGCACAUCUUGCCAACUGUAAGAGCAUGUUAGAUGCUUUCAAAGCUGGCGGAGAUUUCCAUUCAAGGACGGCGAUGAAUAUGUAUCCAUAUAUUCGUGAAGCCGUUGACAAAAAGGAAGUGCUUCUUGAGUGGCAUCCUCAGCCCGGCGAAGAGAAACCCCCAGUUCCCCUACUGAAGGAUGCAUUUGGUUCGGAAAGAAGAAAAGCGAAAAUGCUUAACUUCUCAAUUGCUUAUGGAAAGACUCCAGUGGGGCUUUCAAAGGAUUGGAAGGUUUCCGUGAAAGAAGCUAAGAAGACAGUUGACCUUUGGUACAAUGAUAGAAAAGAAGUUUUGAAAUGGCAAGAGGAGCGCAAGAAAGAAGCUCAUCAGUUCCAUUGUGUUCACACUUUGCUGGGCCGAGCCCGGCGGUUUCCAUUGAUGGAGCAAGCCAACAAGUAUCAGAAAGGUCACAUUGAACGAGCUGCUAUUAAUACUCCAGUGCAGGGUAGUGCUGCAGAUGUUGCCAUGUGUGCCAUGUUGGAGAUUUCCAAUAAUAAACAGUUGAAGGAGCUCGGAUGGAAGUUACUACUUCAGGUUCAUGAUGAAGUGAUAUUGGAAGGGCCAAGUGAGUCAGCUGAGGUAGCAAAGGCCAUAGUUGUAGAAUGCAUGGCCAAACCCUUCCAUGGAAAAAACAUUCUAAAAGUCGACCUCUCCGUUGAUGCCAAGUGUGCUCAAAACUGGUACUCUGCCAAAUAGAACAUUCCAUUAUACAGCAUGAAGUCCAUGUCUCUAUUUGGUAAAUUAGUGAUUUUGUUUGAAAGGCAAAAAUAAUGCCUCAAAUAGUAUUAUUAUUUUCCUUCUUUGAUUUCUAUAGAGGUUUGGGGUUGUUUCAAGUGUCAUGUUAUGGUGAUGCCAAAGCAUAACACAUUUAACUUCCAAGAUGGAAGCAAAAGGCCAAAAUCAAUGGUCUCGGCAUUUGACUGCUUUAGUUGGCAGUUUUUUUUUUUCACUAUUUUGAAUCACACCUAAUUGUCAUGCCUUGCAUCAUGAACCAGUAUAGCCAUUUUGCAUGAUGCAAGCAUUAUGUGAUGUAUAUAAAAUUGGUGGAAAAUUAAAGUUUCUAUUAUUCUGUUUCUCUUAAUUAGG